AUGGCGAAAAAGGGAAUUAGGCCCCUGCCGGGCGUCACUGCAGAGUACAAGCCAGGAAACAAAUUGGCCCGCCAAGAUCUCCAUGUCAAGCGGAAGCGCGCCAAAGACUCCGCGCGACGGGCAGAACGAUUUGCGAGGAAGAAGGAAGAAUCCAAAGAUCCGAGCUUGAAGGAGGACAGAUUAAAGCGGAACAUCCCGUUGACGAUUGAUCGCAAGCGAGUGUGGGAUGAUGUGGACAGCGAUGUCGAGGAUCCGCUGGGGUUGAGCGUCGACGUGGAGCGGAUCAAGAGACAGAAACAGGAAGAAGAGGACGAGCUUAAUCGGCCAUUGAAGGACAAUGAACAGAGCUCAGAGGACGAGGAGGAUGACGAUGACGACGUCGACAGUAUGCUUGCGAGCAGUGACGAAGAAGACGACGAGGACGAGGAUGAAGACAAACAAAAAGACGAAGACCGAGGACGCAAGAAGUCAUCGCUCCCAUCAGCUACAGAACGCGCUACCAGUCCAAGCCAAUCUACGAAAAGCACGAACCUCAACCUAGCUCCCGAAGCACUGGCAGCCAAAUUCCCAUCUCUGUUCUCGGCCGAAUUGCAGCAACGUCCGCCCAAGAUCCUCAUCACCACAGUGCUCCACUCCACCCUCCACAACGAAGCCGAACAACUCGUCAACUUCUUCCCCAACAGCGUCUACAUCCGCCGCAACGCACACCGGUACUCGCAUAAGUUCUCGAUCCGCGAAAUCGCCAAGUUCGCUACAAACCGCAACUUUACCGCUCUCGUCGUGGUCAACGAGGACCAAAAGCGCAUCUCCGGCCUAACCAUCAUCCACCUCCCGGGUGGCCCGACUUUCCACUUCUCCAUCAGCAACUGGAUAGACUCGAAGAAGAUCCCGGGUCAUGGUAAAGCAACCGAACACUGGCCGGAGCUGAUCUUGAACAACUUCCGCACACCACUGGGUCUCUUGACGGCGCAUCUCUUCCAGAAUCUGUUCCCGCCAAAGCCGGAAUUCGAGGGCCGGAAUGUAGUCACCAUCCAUAACCAGCGUGACUACCUCUUCGUGCGCAGACAUCGGUAUGUCUUCCGCGAGAAGCGCGAGACAGAGAAAUCCGUCGUCGGGGCGGACGGUAAGGAAAUGCAGGGCGCAGAGGGUAUCCGUGCUGGCUUGCAGGAACUUGGGCCGCGAUUCACGCUUAAGCUCCGUCGUGUCGACAAGGGGAUUCAUAAGACUAGCGGACAGGAAUGGCAAUGGAAGGGUGGAAUGGAGAAGGAGAGGACCAAGUUCCAGCUGUAA